CAGGUUACAGGUGUCAAUACACACACAUGACGCACUAUUAUUAUUGCCGACCAGCGUAUUCGCGGUGUUCCUCUAGGCAUACUGUAUUAGUACCUGAAUAGAAACAAAGUGUGUUUGACGGACAUUUGAGUACUUCAUCGUUCGUGUACCGGCGUGGUAUCCGUAACCAUAAAUCGACCGAAUCCGACUCGUCACUAUACAAGACAAUUUUCAUAUAUUUUUGGCACAACAAAUUUGAAUUUGAACGAUACACGAUCACGAUGUAUUCUGCAAAAAUCAUGCUUAAGAGAUUGAUCAAUAUAAAACUGUUUAAAAAACAAUGUAUGCUAAGUAGUAGAAUAUCAACUAACAUAGAAGAGUCUGUUUAUCGGGGAAUCAAUAAAGUUAAUUAUACAUCAAAUUUAGAUAUAAAUGAACCAUCAUUAAAUAGCCCAGUACCUAUUUUUAGAAUACUGAAUGAUACUGGAGACAUUUCGAGCAAUUGUAAAUCUAUAAUUGUACCAGAAAAUAAUGAGUUGAUUAAAAUGUAUAAAUCUAUGGUUUUGCUGUCUAUAAUGGAUAAAAUAUUGUAUGAAUCUCAAAGGCAAGGUAGAAUAUCAUUUUAUAUGACAAAUGAAGGCGAAGAAGCGGCACAAAUUGGUAGUGCCGCAGGAUUACAUUCUAAUGAUCUUGUGUAUGGGCAAUACAGAGAAGCGGGAGUUUUAUUAUUCAGAGGAUUUGCUCCUGAACAAUUUAUGAAUCAAUGUUUUGGUAAUGUAGAUGAUCUUGGUAAAGGAAAACAAAUGCCAGUUCAUUAUGGAUCUAAAAAUCUUAAUUUUGUAACUCUUUCGUCUCCGCUUACUACUCAAUUACCUCAAGCUGUUGGAUCAGCAUAUUCGUUUAAAAGAUCAAAGAUCAACCGUUGUACUAUUGUUUAUUUUGGCGAGGGAGCAUCAAGCGAAGGAGAUGCUCAUGCUGCAUUUAAUUUUGCGUCAACUCUAGACUGUCCAAUAAUAUUUUUUUGUCGUAAUAAUGGAUAUGCCAUAUCAACACCAGCAAAUGAACAGUAUAGAGGAGAUGGUAUUGUAAGUCACGGUCCUGGCUAUGGAAUUGCUACAAUUCGUGUCGAUGGCAAUGAUAUUCUUGCAGUAUAUAAUGCAGUUUUAAAAGCUCGAGAAUAUGUUAUGACUAAUACAAGACCCCUUUUGAUAGAAGCUAUGACUUACAGGCGGGGACAUCACAGUACUUCUGAUGACAGUACUGCAUACAGAUCUAAAGAUGAGAUUAAACGAUGGUCAAAUAAAAAUCCAAUUAUAAGAUUCAAAAACUUAAUUGAGAAAAAUAAUCUUUGGAGUGAUCAAAAUGAUGUUGAGUAUGAAAAAGAAACUAAAAAACAAUUAAUGCAGUCAUUUGCAAUUGCAUCAAAAAAAAAUAAACCAAAUUGGAGAGAAAUGUUUAAUGAUGUUUAUCACGAAAUUCCAAAUAAUUUGUUGGAACAAAUGAACUCAUUGGAAGAUCAUAUAUCACAAUAUUCUGAUCAUUAUCCUAAACAGUGAAAGUUUAAAAAUAUUGUAUAUUAUUACAAACUUGCAAGUUGCAGUAUAUAAUAUAAAUGUUAAAAUGUAUUUACAAUGUACAUAGUAAAUUAUUGUUAAAUAUUUGUUGGAAACUUAAUAAGCUUAUAUAUAUCAUCUGUUAUAAAUUUAAGAAAAUAAAAUUCUUAUUAAUCUUAUUUA